AGGCUAGAGCCUAAAACCCUACUCCCAUUCCUAAAAACCAACUCUACACACACCUCACACACUAGUCACUCACGUUUACACCAUCGGUAGUCGUCACCCCACCGCCGCCGGAGAUGGCGUCAUACUCACUUCGCCUCCGUCGCGCAUUGUCUCUAUCCUCCUCCCUUCUCCACCAGCAUUUCCACUCCCCUAAACUCCUUUCUCCACUGCACUCAAGCUCUUCUGCUUUGCUUGGACCCCAAAACCCUAGAACCUCCCCUUCCUUUUCCGAUUUUCAGUCGCUCAGGCAUUUUAGAUCGUCGCCGAUCUCUCUCUCUUCCCGAAACCGACGUUUCGAGUCCGAUGACCAGAUGGAAAUUACAGCAGACACAAUUCUAUUUGAAGGUUGCGAUUACAACCACUGGCUCAUCACCGUCGAUUUCCCUAGGGAUGUUGAUAUUCCUGCUGAACAGAGGGUUCAGAAAUACGUCGAAAUUGCCGCUGGAGUCUUUGGAAGCGAAGAAGAGGCAAAGAAGAGAAUCUAUGCCUGUAGCACAACGACCUAUCAAGGUUUUCAGGUUGAAUGUUCUGAGGAAACGUCUGAGAAAUUCAAAGAGAAUCCAGCAGUUGUUUUUGUGUUGCCAGAUUCCUACAUUGAUCCUGUUAACAAAGAGUAUGGAGGAGACAAGUACAUUAAUGGAACAAUAAUUCCUAGGCCACCCCCAAUAAUGUCUGUGAGACGGAAUCCCCGUCAGUCUUCUAGACCUCAGCGUCCAGAAAACUGGGGCUCUGGCCCGGGGGAUGUAAGGAAUUUUGGCCCCCAACAAAGUCAUCCUAGUCAACAAAAUUUUGGUCCUCAACAAACUCAUCCAACUCAACAGAAUUUUGGCCCUCGACAAAAUCAUACUACUCAACAAAAUCAUACUACUCAACAAAAUCAUCCAACUCAACAAAAUUUUGGUCCUCGCCAAAAUCAUACUGCUCAACAAAAUUUUGGCCCUCCUCGUGGUCCUGUCUCUCAGCAGAAUUAUAGUCCGCCACAGAAUACUCCACCUCAACAGACUUAUGGUCAGCAGCAAAGUGCUCCACCUCGACAAUAUUAUGGCAUGCCAGAAAACACUGCAGCUCCUCAGAAUUACGGAUAUCACUCACCUCAGCAUAAUUAUGGUCAGUCGUACAAUCAUCCAAAUCAGCAGAACUAUGGCCCUCCACAGAAUUUUACUCCCCAGCAGAAUAAUGGUUCACCUGGGAUGCAUUCUCCAUUUCGGCAGAAUUAUGGGCAACCUGGAGGGAUAGAAGGUAGAGGUCCCACAACUGCUUCUGGGGCUUGGGAUCAGUCUCGUGGUGGCAGAGGUGAUUUCCCUCAAGGAGAUCAGAGGUAUACAUCUAUUGAUAGUGGAAACUCUGCAGGUCAAAGUUACACGCCUUCACAAGGUGGAACCUUUCAUCAGGGCAUAGGAGGAGCUCCAGCACAGGAAAUGGGCCCUGCAUAUGGGCAGAAUUACCCUAGGCACGGAGAAGAUCAGAAAUUCUCAGAGGUCGACCAGGGAAGCAGAUUCCCGAGUGGGGAACAAAGGAAUUUUGCCUGACCAUGCUUUCUAUUUUUACAAAGCGAAGGUGACAAAUGUGGAGAAACUUCAUGGUCCUCACGAUGAAGAGGGGCUGAUGGCAUUUAGUGGUAAUUUGUUUGUGAUAGUUCUGGAGCUGUUGGAUCUUGGUCGUGCUGGCAUGUUAGGGAGACAGGAGCUGUGUGGUUGGGGAAUUUGUGGCUCUGUGUCUAUCUUUUGUUAAUAACUUUGGUAGUUCUGGUUAUUGUAAGCGGAGAAUGAGAGUCGAAACCAAAGGAGGUGGUAUCAUCAUGCCUGUAAGAUGUGACCAACCAUUAAUUUCACACUUAUUCUUGUCUCCAAUCACUUUUGACCAAUUUCUACCAAAGUAGUUUCCUUCCUGUUGGAUUUAUCCUCUAGGGUUGAACCGUUGGAUGAGAUAAUUUCUUUGGUUCCUCAUUCCUGCCGUUAACACUUAUUAGGAAUUACUCAAAAUAAUGAUUGGAUUCUCAAUAUAGUAUGAAAUUUAAUUUCAUGAUGCAUGCCAAGUGGUCGAGAUAGCCUAAAAAUGUGGCAUGAUGGAUCCAUGCACAAAGACGGGGCAUGUUUCUGCAUGUUCUGGGGAGGUGAUAUGGUUGUUUGGUGCAUAUGAUUUAGAUGUUCCUCAAACUGUUUGUUCAUUAUUUGCCGUCAUGCUGUGUUUCUCUAUUUCAUUUCUGGCAAUUCUUAGUGAUGUUCAUGUCAAU